CUAAAGACGCGUGUGUUUAAAAACGUGUCCAGUAGCGGGUCGAACUGUUUGCUUCAAGUUUCUCUUCUAAGAGUGUUUAAAUUUGAGACCUAUUCUGCCUCUAGUUGUUGUCUAUUGGUUUCUUAAUUAAGUGUAAGUGCACUGUGAACUCUGUCUGGGUUUUCGAGAAAGAAAGUUGUGUACACAACACGUGUUCUGAUUGCACUUUGACACUUUAUCAUACAUAUAUAUUUCAUUUUCAUCAAAGCAUACCUGUUCAAGUUCCUACGUUGUUUCCUACCAACUAAACAUUAUUAUUCAAUGAAUACAAAUCCCCUAGAAACUUUUCCCUGAAGUAUUGCUUCCUAAGCCUGUUUCAAGUCAAAGGCCAACCUUGAAUGAAGUUGGAACCAGCUUCGAAUAAACGAAACGCAGGACAAAGCACAAAUCCACCUAAGUCUGACAUAACCAGAACAAUUACAACAAAUUUAUGUGGUUGGAGUGAACAGAAUGCUUUUGAUUCAGUAUGUCAUAAACCCGCUUGUCGAACAACUGGUUCUAAUGUUAUGGGAGGUGUAGGAUGUGGAAAAUCCGAAAGAUUCUCUUAUCAGAAACCAACAAAAAUUGGUAAACAGUACAAAUUCUAUCAUUAUGAUGAUCCACAUGCUUACAUACUUCAAUAUAGACGGGAUUGUACGUUGAAUUCUAAUUCGAAAGAUCAUGACCAAGACAAGGGACCAGUAGAACAAUUCAAUAAAUCGAUAGUUGUUGAAAUGGAUGAUAUAAAAAAUUACAAUCAUUCAGAGAAGUCUGAUAUCAUUCAGAUAAACAAUCAAAGUUUUUCUGAACAAUCAUAUCUUAAAUCAACGUGCACAGAAACAACAACAACAACAACAACAAAUAGUUUUCAACCUCAGUUGUCUGAAAUAAAAUUGAAACCUACUAAGUCAACAUUAAAUGUUACUACUACUACUACUGCUACUACUACCACUAUGUCUGGGAAUCGUCAUUUAUGGGUGAAUAAUUGUCCUACUGGUCUAGGUCGUAAUAAUCAUAUGAAUAAAGUUUCUAAUGCAGAUAUCAGCAUUAUACAUGGUAAUCAAAUAAAACAAAAAUCAACUAAAAAAGAGUCAAUCAUUAAGUCACAUAACAUCUAUUCAAGUCAAUCUACAUCAGGAAAAUUCUCUGAUAAAACUGAUCUAAGUUUGAAUGGAUCACAUCAUCUAUCUGUUCUACGUAUAAAAAGUGCAACAAAACUGAAUGUAGAACCUACUAAAUAUGUAACCAAUACUCAACAAACAAUUCGUGAUGCAAGUCAUCCUGAAUUUUGGCCUUUAUUAUAUAAGAAAUUGAUUCAUUUACAAGCUGAACGUGCAAAUCAAACUGAAGAAGAGUAAUAAUUCCAAAAAAAUGUUGAACAUGUGAAGCAUAUGAACAAAGAAAACCCAACUAUUUUUCUAUGACUACUACUAUUAUCAUCAAUGAUAACAUUUAUUCAACUAUAAAUGAAAUAAAAUAAUUUGAUGAUUUG